ACUCCUUGUGUAACCAAGUGAGAUUUCCACAAUUCCACUCUGCACUCUGGAAGCAGUGGCCGUGAAAUGCCGAUAAUGAACAAAAUGCUUGAAAGAGCCCUCAACACACGGCGGUCACCUCAUGCCGGCGAGGAUGGCGCCUCGGGUGAGGACGAAGGUGGUGAGGAAACCGCCGACGAGUCCAAGACCCGUAAGCACACAUCCGUCGCUAUGAGGGUCUCCAAUUACUUGAUCCGGACAGGGUAUAUAUGGCCCCUUUUAAUUAUGUGUAUUGCUAUCUUGAUAAUCUCUUCUUUAGUUAUUCACUCGCGGGAUUUGAUCUGCAUCUCGGCUUUACCGUCCCAUCAUGUCUCACGGUUGUUUUCUGGGUCUGACGGGCUCGAGUCAGAUUUCGGAUCCCUUGGCGUUCCCUGGUGCAGAUCGAAACUUGGAAAAACUGUGGAAUGGACAAAGGAGGAUUUGCUCAAAGGUCUUGAGGAGUUUGUGCCGAUAUAUGAAACCCGACCCAUCAAGAACAACAUGUAUGGCAUGGGUUUUGACCACAGUUUUGGACUUUGGUUUAUCACAAGAUGGGUGAAGCCAGAGUUGAUGAUUGAGAGUGGUGCUUUUAAGGGGCAUUCCACCUGGGUUUUGAGGCAAGCCAUGCCAGAUACACAUAUUUUGUCGCUUUCACCCCGACAUCCUGAGAAGUACCUUAAGAAGGGGCCUGCUUAUGUUGAUGGGAAUUGCACGUACUUUGCUGGAAAGGACUUUGUGGAUUUUGGAAGCAUGGAUUGGGAAAAAGUGAUGAAAGAACAUGGGAUCAAAGAUCACAGCCGAGUUCUUGUGUUCUUUGAUGACCAUCAAAAUGAACUUAAGAGAUUAAAGCAAGCACUGAAAGCUGGGUUCAAACAUCUAGUUUUUGAGGACAACUAUGACACUGGAACUGGGGACCAUUAUUCCUUCAGGCAAAUAUGUGAUCAAUUUUAUAUUAGAGGUGGUGGCCAUAGUUGCUUCAAAGAUAGUGAUGAAGCUAGGAUAAGAUCUAGAAGGAAGAAAUUGUGGGAAAAAGCUGUUGAUAUAGACGAGCUAUGUGGACCAGGAGAAGCAUGGUGGGGCGUACAAGGCCAUAUGCGGGAUGAUUUUAACCACAGCAACAAAGCAAUAACAUAUGCUGAACAUUUUCAGAACAGCAGAUUUGUGGAGUCUGUGCUCGAUGUUUAUUGGGAGCUACCCCCCGUUGCUGGCCCUUCACUUACUCAUCAGACAAGAUAUGACCCAGCACGGGCACCUAAUCCUAUUGUAGAAGAUGGUAGAUAUGGCUUGUUUCAGAGGAUUGGUUUAUCAAGACUCGAGACUUCUGUAUUCAAUGGAUACACUCAGAUGGUGUAUCUUCAAGUAUCUGAACCGGAGGCAUAAUCCAUCUGAAUACCAGAAAACCUGGUAGAUUCCUAGUGCUUGUAAUUGGGAAUUUGUUAAUAUCAGACAAUAUACCUAUAGCUGUCUUCUUGGUGACUCGUCGAUAUUUAUAUUCGGUUUUCAUUAUGUUCCGUAAUCAUUUUUGUCAGGUUAUCCUGUACUAGUACUUGAGCAUUGAAGUAUGUAAUCUAAUCUUUGACUUUACCACUAUUUUUGAAUCA